AAGACGGGAGCAUCGCCCCCACCAGCCCUGCUGUCAGCCCGCUUCACAGAAGCGGAACGCUGACCCUCUUCCCCGGGCGCUCCGAACAACCAACACGACGAGCAGAAUGUAUGAAAACAUGUCCACAAUGGUGUAUUUAAAGGAAGAGAAGUUGGAGAAGCUUACUCAAGAUGAGAUCAUUGCCAAAACUAAGCAAGUGAUUAAUGGACUAGAGGCACUGAAGAAUGAACACAAUUCAAUUUUACAGAGCUUACUUGAAACACUGAAGUGUUUGAAGAAAGAUGAUGAAACUAAUCUGGUUGAAGAAAAAUCAAACAUGAUUCGAAAGUCACUGGAAAUGCUGGAGCUUGGCCUUAGUGAAGCACAGGUAAUGAUGGCCUUGUCAAAUCACUUAAAUGCAGUGGAAUCAGAGAAGCAGAAAUUGCGUGCUCAGGUUCGCCGGCUAUGCCAGGAAAAUCAGUGGCUACGGGAUGAACUAGCCAAUACACAACAGAAACUACAGAAAAGUGAGCAAUCUGUGGCUCAGCUGGAGGAAGAAAAGAAACAUCUAGAAUUCAUGAAUCAACUAAAAAAAUAUGAUGAUGAUAUUUCACCAUCAGAGGAUAAGGAUACAGAUUCCACCAAAGAGCCUUUGGAUGACUUAUUUCCCAAUGAUGAAGAUGACCAAGGACAAGGAAUUCAACAGCAGCAUAGCAGUGCAGCAGCUGCUGCCCAGCAAGGUGGCUAUGAAAUUCCGGCAAGAUUAAGGACCCUUCAUAAUCUUGUUAUUCAGUAUGCUUCCCAAGGUAGAUACGAGGUUGCUGUACCUCUCUGUAAACAAGCUCUUGAAGAUCUGGAGAAGACUUCAGGUCAUGAUCAUCCUGAUGUUGCCACUAUGUUGAACAUACUUGCUUUGGUGUACAGAGACCAGAACAAAUACAAAGAUGCAGCAAAUCUCCUGAAUGAUGCCUUGGCUAUCCGCGAAAAGACUUUGGGCAAAGAUCAUCCAGCGGUGGCAGCAACUCUAAACAAUCUUGCAGUACUUUAUGGUAAACGGGGAAAGUACAAAGAAGCUGAACCGUUGUGCAAGCGGGCUCUGGAAAUCAGAGAAAAGGUCCUGGGGAAGGAUCACCCUGAUGUUGCCAAACAAUUAAAUAACUUGGCUUUACUAUGCCAGAACCAGGGCAAAUAUGAGGAGGUUGAAUACUACUAUCAGAGGGCACUGGAAAUUUACCAAACUAAGCUGGGACCAGAUGAUCCAAAUGUUGCGAAAACAAAGAAUAACCUGGCUUCCUGCUAUCUAAAACAGGGCAAAUUUAAGCAAGCGGAAACUUUAUACAAAGAGAUUCUUACUCGUGCUCAUGAACGGGAAUUUGGCUCUGUAGAUGAUGAAAAUAAGCCUAUUUGGAUGCAUGCAGAAGAGAGGGAAGAAUGCAAAGGAAAGCAAAAAGAUGGCACAUCUUUUGGAGAAUAUGGGGGCUGGUACAAGGCUUGCAAAGUUGACAGCCCAACAGUAACAACUACCUUAAAGAACCUUGGGGCACUUUACAGACGACAGGGCAAAUUUGAAGCUGCUGAAACAUUAGAAGAGGCAGCAAUGAGAUCUCGUAAACAGGGUCUUGACAAUGUUCAUAAACAGAGAGUUGCUGAAGUGCUGAAUGACCCUGAAAGCAUAGAAAAAAGGCGAAGCCGAGAAAGCCUCAAUGUUGAUGUGGUAAAGUACGAGAGUGGUCCUGAUGGAGGCGAGGAAGUGAGUAUGAGCGUAGAAUGGAAUGGGGAUGGCACUGGAUCUUUAAAACGCAGUGGUUCCUUUAGCAAACUUCGUGCUUCCAUUAGACGCAGCAGUGAGAAGCUGGUUAGAAAGCUGAAGGGAGGAAGUUCACGGGACAGUGAACCAAAGAAUCCAGGCAUGAAGCGUGCCAGUUCUCUGAAUGUUCUUAACAUGGGUGGCAAGGCUACUGAAGAUCAUUUUCAAGAACGAAAUAAUUGUCUGACAGACUCGAGAGCUCUGAGUGUCAGUCAUACUGAUUUGGCGCAUUGAGAUUCUUGGACAGAAGCUAGCUAAUAUUCCUUUGUGAAUAAAGAAGCACUGAGACCUUCAAAGCUUUGGUUCCUCAUCAUUAUGUAUAGGAACACCUAGUUUAUAGAUUCUCAUUUGUUGGGUUUUUUUGUUUGUUUGUUUUUUUAAAGGACUGCUGUUUCUACUUUUCUAAAUAGGGACAAGUUUAAUCACUGCAUUAGUGGGUAUUUUCUUCUAAAGGAAAACAAUAUAGAUGUAUGUUGCUCAUUGCACUGCUCCCAUUCAUGCUACUUAUGUUGAUUUCUUUAAUAGAUCUGAGUAUUACAGCAGCCAAAAAAAUGUAAAAAUGCAAACAUAUUUAAAGCAUACCAAAAUGCAAAGUUGUUUGAAAAUGCAGGCAAAAUGAAAUGUGUAGCAGUAAAUAUAUACAGUGCUGGAAUGAGAAAAGGAUGAAUUUAUGCACAUUACUGUAUAAAGUCAAAUUGAGCAUACUGUAUUGGUGGGGCUUUCCUUUGCAGCACUGAUUAUUGUCAUGUUAGAAACCUUAGCUGGCAAAACAGCACUUAGACACGGCUUACUUAACCACUAGUUAAAUUUUACAGAAGAGAGGGUUGGGGUUACACAACAUACAGCUAGCAUGAAUAGCAAUACCUGUGACCAUAACUUUGCUACUUGUUGAUAUAAGUCUUAGGGCACAAUAGUCGAUGGAGACAGGACAGUUCAUGUUGAUCAGAAGAAACGGAAAAUGUUUUGACCUUUACCUUGUGUGGUUGAAGAAUACAGAAGUUUUGGACUGCAGCUGUCCCAGAGCAGCUGCUGUUGCUCUUAGGGAAACAUCAAGCCUCAGGUUGACUUUCUUGCUUGUCCACUGGAAUUCACAAUCCCAUUCUCUGUAUGCUGAGAGUGCUCUAGCAUUUCCGUAUGCUGAUCCCAAAUCCUGCAUUUCUCCGUAAUGGCUGAUGACAGCAGAAGCAGGGAACUGCACGCCGAGCUGUUACACUGUGGAGUAACUGCUGUGCAAAGGACCACUCAAAUCCUAAGGGCCCUGGUGGAGGCACUAGAUGGCCAUAAGUGGCAAGCAACUUGUUUGACCACAUGUCCAUGUUAAAUCUACUUAUGGUUAAUAUAUAUGCUGUCUGUAUAUAGGACUGCUGCUGGAACUAAAUAUGUAUGGUUUUAAGUAUUUUAUAAACACUAGUAUUUCCUUUUGCUUUCCUGUAAAGCUUGUAAUUUUGUUCAUCUUUUGUAAAAAUCCUUAUUCAUGUGAAGUUGGAUGAGAAAGUAAAAAAAAAAUAACCAGCGUGUGUACAAAUGUAUUUGUGGUCAUAGUUGUGAGUUAAAAAAUGCUGAAUGAAACUAAUUUUGGGAAAAGCUGGAAUAUUCAUUCAAGGUUGGCACCAACUGAAGGAGGUAAACCCAGAGGGAUAUAAGCAAGUUUUAGUAUUUGAACCGGCUGUGAAAAGUCAUUAGAUUUAGUACUUCAUAGAAGUAUUUUGACUGGCUUUACAUCUGGUUUUAUACUGUGUUACGUGAUGCAAGAAGUUGUAUAUGUAAUGCACUUGACUGUGUUUACCAGGAGGUACCUUAUUAGCAUCUCUUUAAAGAAAGCUGUGUAUGGUAUACCUGCUAUAAAGACAGUUUAGAAACCAUGAGAUAUGAUGCUGCUAAUAUGUAGAAGUUUUAGCACAGAGUAGUGCAAUUCAUUAAUGAACUCGAGUGAGAGCAGGUUGCUGCUCAGUUAUCUUAACAAUAUAUACUCAUAUAAUGUAGACUUUUGAGUUUUAAUCUUUUUAUUAAGAGCUUUUAAUUUUAAAAAAUACAUAAUAUAUAUACUUUUUCCCCCCUCCCUAAAGCGAAACGUGAUGGAUUUGGUUUUCUGCACGAGGCCAGACUGAGCUGGCUUUGCAGGAGGAACUGUACACCGGGCUCCAGGCUGGGUACCCGUGCCCAAGCGGUGGGCGGGCAGGACCCUGCCGCAGCCCUCCCUUCGCCCAGCAGCCGGCGACGGUGUCGCCUCCCUCCGGCCGUUGCCAUCAGAAGCUCCCGCUGCAAACUGCCCUUGCAGUCAGCCCCUGCCCAGCCCGCGCGAUGCUCUCGGCGGGGCUUGUAGGGCCCGAUGCUGUAGAGCUCAGUGCUGCACUCAGAGCUUCCAAAAACCCCACAAAACUCUCUAGACACAGAGCUGAUUUGCGUGGUAAGGAAUUACUUAAAAAAAAAAAAAAACCUGAAAAAUGUGGGUUUUACAUUCAUCUUUCAACUUUGAAGGAAAAUUAUUUUUACAGCCUCUCAAAAAAACCCCUUGUGUAAAUAGCAAUAAAAUAUUUAAUCAUGCCAGAUUAUGAUGUACAUUAAAUUUUUAAAAUGCAAGACCAUGGUAUGGUGAUAGUGAGGGAACUUUCCUGUUCAGGAUCUUACUGUUGGUGGCAUUACUAGUACUGUGCUUUUAAAUGUUUUAAACCUUUAUAUAGUGUUUAAGUGUGCUGGAAGAUUAAGUUGUUGAGCUACUCCUUAUUAAACAAUUCUUAUAUUUAAAUUGUUAUUUUUUUUUUUCAGAGAAGAAACAAGUUCCAUAAAUCCCCAAGAAUGAUAGCCACAUCCUUACAGUUAUGAGUCAAUUAGCUGUUUGCAGUUUGAGAACUGGUGAAGUGCAAAAACAAAGUUAAGGCCAACUUUCCUUGUGUUUGAAUCGUGAAUUAAGUACUGUCAGGACAUGGUUUGUAUACAUUUAGAUUUCAGGUGGGCUGCUUAGUUUGCUUUUAUGUAAGUCUUUCUGAAUUUUUUCUGUUCCAGUUGUAGCUAACAGUCUGCAUAAAGUAUAAAACCAGAAUAUGCAAUUGUGUAAUUCUGGGAGGUCAAACUAAAUCAACAGCUCUGAGGAAACUGAAAACGAGAAAAGACCUUCAAAAUUGUCAGACAUCUGUAGGAAAACUGCAACCUUGGUAGUGCUGUUGUGUUUUUAAUCUAGCAUCUUUUCCCUGCCCGGAACUGUAAGGGUGAACUUCAUAAAAAACGUAACAAGGACUCCAGGUUAGGCCAGUUCCUUGAGAGUCUCCUCCAAACAGUGGCUGGUUCUGGGGUACAGUCAGCAACAGUCACACGUAGGAUGAAUCAUACAGAGAAUUGUAACUAAUGGAAAGGUGCCUGUUGCCCUUGUCUGGUAGUGUACCAAGUCUUUAGGAAUAUUGGCAAUAUUUGGUCUUGAGUUUAGAUCUUACUAAAUAUUAUUGUAAAAUGUAACUCUUUCAUGAUUUGCUCCUCUAAUUUUAGAGGAAUAACUGAACUGCUGCUGUGAUGUUUGUGCUUGCAGUACUGCAGUGAUAGAACAAAGCACUUAGCAGAAAAACAAUUGGACGCAUUAUCUACAGUUUGUACCUUUUCUUAAAACAAUCAACACCCUCCCCAUCUCCCCAAGCCCUCCUGAAUGGUGGUAAAUUAAAAUGGUUUUAAGCUUGAGAAGGAUUUGUGUUUAAAUUGUACCAUUUGAAUCCAGUAAUUUUGAAAAUGGUGUGGUUCUGUUGUAAAUAUAUAGUAAAAGGGGUGUGCAGUGCUUCAUUGGAAGUGUUUACAAUACUUGAUGAGUUCAAGUUAUUUUAGUUUUUGUUAUGCAGGUCAUGUAUUUUGUCUGAAAGCUGCUAAGAGAACUGCAUUUCUGGUAAUGUUAGCCUGUACUGAGAGAAUAAAUGUUAAAAGAUGUCACACUGAAGUUUACCGUUUCAUUGUAGCAACUUACAUUGUCACAGACUUACAGAAGUAUUGGUAUAACAUUGGCUUUUUAAACAGUUAGUUUAGAGUAUUGAGGGAAAUCUCGAACUUUUUUUAUUUUCCUCCUCAAACCAUUCAUAAUAGUCUCAGUACAGGGAAUAGUCAAGAUCCAUAGUUUCUUUGAAAAAAAGCCUGAAACAACAAAGCAAGAAGCAAAACACAGUGCCGCCAUCUGAUAGAGGUCAAAGGAUGCAAGCUGCUGAGAAGAUGCUUAUGUUCAUAGUGAAGCUGCACAGUUAUAGCUGCUUUAAAAUAAGAAAUAUUUACAGAAUCUAGUUGGAAGCUCAUUUAAUGCUCCGGCUACAUCAGAAAGCUCAAAGCUGCUCUGUCAUUUGUGCUGGCACAUACAAGCAAGAGAGCCUAAAAACUGUAUACAGCAUGGAACAAGCACAGUGAAGUAGUUUUUAAAACCAGAUCUAUCCUUAGGCUCCCUAUAUUUAUACUCAAUUCCGAAUUCAAGCAGGGAAAGUCAGUCAGUCUUUAGUUUUAAAUUAUGUAGUAGAAGCAUGAUACAGCAGUGGUGGUAGGUUACAGUAUAAUUAAGCCAGAUGAGUUCUGUGCGGUCAGGAAGGGUAUUUUUUUUCUAGGACCUGGUUUAGAAAACAACCAGAACCCAACAACAGCAAAACCAGAAAACCAUUUGUAAUGUCAGUGUAUCCUCCUUGAGGAGAAACAUUCCCCCCACCCCGAUAUGUGGAUUUCAAGUUUGAUUUUU